AAACUGCCUUCGUUCCCUAGUGUAGACGCGAAGAGGAGGAGGAGGAGGCGGAGCGGGACGAGCUCCAGUCCGGGUUUUGAGCUGGAGAAGAGAGAGAGCGAGAGAGGCAGAGAGAGAGAGAGAGCCGCAAGGAGGAAAGGAAACAGCAGCAGCUCGCCGGAGCCCCUGCCUGCCUGGGUCCGCCCGCCAACAGCUGGGAAGGAAGGAAGGCAGGCAGGAGAGGAGAGAAGGCAGGCGGCUCUCCCGAUGGCUGGGGCAUCCUCCGGGCGCCCGGCCUCGGCCCGGCUGUGAGCCCCCGCCCGGCCGUCCUCCGCCCGCCCAGCCCAGCCUUCCCCGCCCAGCCCAGCCUCUCCCGGGGCCCCGGCCAUGCAAGCGCGGCGCCUGGCCAAGCGCUCCAGCCUCGGGAGCCGGCGCUUGACCAUCUCCACCUCCUCCACUUCCUCCUCCGCGGCGGCAUCCUCCUCCUCGUCGUCCCCGAAGCCGGAGCCUUGCUGCUGGAGGCCGACGCGGAGGGAAGGCGCCUCUGCGGCCGCCCUCGAGGAGGAAGAGGAGGAGGAGGACGCGGCGGCGGCGGCGGCGGUGGUGGACGCCGAGGAGGAGGACGAGGAGGAGGCCGCCGAGGGAGCCCACGCCGCCGGGCACAAGGGCAACCUCAAGGCAACCAGCAUAAAGCGUGAAAUGACCUUCCCAGCAUUUCAGCAAGAAGACCUGAAAAGUGAUCUGAAUCAAAAACUAUCAGACCAACAUUUUUUUCUUCUGGCUAUGAAAGAAGAGGAUUUGAAAACAGCAGACACCAAAAAACCCAGCAGAGUCCAUGAGCAUGAAAAAGAAAGCACUCGUUCCAUCUGUCUUCUUGAACAGAAGCGCAAAGUUGUAUCUUCAAACAUUGAUGUGCCUCCUGCAAGAAAAACGUCAGAAGAACUGGAUAUGGAUAAAGUCACGGCAGCUAUGGUACUAACCAGCUUAUCCACCAGCCCUUUGGUUCGCAGCCCUCCUGUCCGACCCAAUGAAUCCCUAAAUGGAUCUUGGAAAGAAGGAGGAUUUGUGCCUUCUAGUACCAGCAGCAGUGGGUAUUGGAGCUGGAGCGCUCCAAGCGACCAAUCAAAUCCAUCCACUCCGUCGCCACCUCUUUCAGCUGACAGCUUCAAACCAUUUCGGUUGCUCUCUCAAACAGAUGAUAGUAUUGAUGAGGCUGAAACUAGCAGCCUGCUUUUUGAUGAGCCCAUUCCUAGAAAAAGGAAGAACUCCAUGAAAGUCAUGUUCAAAUGCCUUUGGAAAAACUGUGGAAAGGUACUGAGUACAGCUGUUGGUAUACAAAAACAUAUCCGGACCAUUCACCUUGGACGUGUGGGGGAAUCUGACUACAGUGAUGGAGAGGAAGAUUUUUACUACACAGAAAUCCGUCUCAACACUGAUUCUGUAGCUGAUGGAUUAAGUAGCUUAUCUCCAGUCUCUCCAUCUCUAGCAUCUCCUCUUUCUUUCCCUUCCCAAGAUGUGAACAAAAAUGAGAUAUCAUGUGCCAAAACAGAUGCUAAAGGAAUAACACCUCUAAGCUGCUCUGCUCCUACCAACCUCUACCUCGUUCACUCUGACCACGCUUAUCAGGCCACAGCUCCUGUGAACAUCCCAGGGUCAACUAAGUUCACACCCAAUGGAAAUAGCUUUAGCAUCUCCUGGCAGUCACCCCCUGUUACCUUCACUGGCAUCCCAGUUUCGCCAACUCACACACGUCCUGCAGGAAGCGGAGAGCAAAAGCAACAGAUUCAGACAGUUCUGUCAUCACCCCCAAGAGCAUCUGUUGGCCUCAGAAAACCUAGAGGAGAGGGAAAGAAAUGUCGCAAGGUGUAUGGGAUGGAGAACAGAGAUAUGUGGUGUACAGCUUGCCGCUGGAAGAAGGCAUGCCAGAGGUUCAUUGACUGAAGCACAGAUACAAUAUGAAAUGGCGUAUGGCAUUAUUUUCUUGCUGCAGCUGCGCUGGGUGAUGUUUCCUUUAUCCUUGAGUGCUUGUUCCUACAGAAGGCUUGCACUUUAAAGCAAAUGGGCUGUAAACAAGGAGAAGGACUUCUCAGAAAGCUACAUGCAGCAAUAUAGGAAAAACUAGCAACACGACAAGCUUUUCAAAGUCUGAAUCAGGAGCAGCUAUAUGUACUUUUCUUUAAAAGAAGGGGGAAACCCCCUUUUUAAUACUAUAGGACAACUUGCCUGCCAGGACCACAUGUUUUUUCACACUGCGUCGUCGUCUGUGUUGUGAACUUUGGAAUCAGAAUAAGCAAAAAUCCUUUUUCUGAAAUUAUUUUUUUUAACGCGUAUCUUGAAAAGUGGGUUUCUAUGCGAUACUUUACAAAUACAUAAGCUACAAUUUUCUCAAGAGCAGUUCUCAUAAAAAUGGUAAAUAAUUCAGAUUGUGAGCAGUCUUGAUGCAGGGUCUGAGACAUAGGAUGGGGAUAUGAGGAGAUUGCUCUGCUGGAAGAACAAGCAGCAUUGGAAGGGGAUUUAAGGAGUGGUCUCAGGCUUAAAUCUCAAGCCAAAAUCCCAUUUUUGCUUCUACCCUAAAAAAGGAACAUGAGGGGAAAUCACCAGCAAACCUAUCCAGAAAGUAACACACGAUGUGGGAAACAAUCCUGAGUUUAAAUGAAGUUGGACUUACGUAAGCUUAGGAACAUUACUGGAAUUUAAAGAUAUCGUCUUAGAAGCUAUUUGUACAUGUCACAGUGCUAAACAAUGAACAAGGACAACUGCAUGGACUCUGUAAGCCUUUAUUCAGGGAUGUGAUCCAACUCAGCAGCUUCCUUCUCAGCUUUGUGUGUUGUUAUCGGAUGAACAGUUCACUUUAAAAACAAAGCAUUGUUUCUGGGAGGUGUGAUGGUAGGGAUGACUACACAGAGAAAGAAGCUCCCCGCUCCAGCUUCCCAACAAGUAAGAUACAAGUGCAGCAAGGUGGAUGUAUCUAUCUAUGACAAAAGCCCAUUGAUUGCUAAGGAAAAUAAUGGCCUUCAGACUGGCUUGCACUUUGAUAGGUUUCUGUGAUUUAGUGUAAUUUAGUAUUGGAUGGGGUUGGGGGAGGAGAAGGCGCAGAUUAUUUCAGAGUGAUUUAAGUAUUUAAGUGGAAAUUUAAGUGGAAAUUUUCGAUACAGGUGUACUGGAAAGAAUAUUUGCAUAGGCCAUGUUAAAAUGAUGGGAUUAGCACAGGUGUAUUACAGUAUAUUAUUAUCAGUGCAGCUUGUGCUCAAGGAAGUCCUGGUGGAUCCUGUGCUAUCAACUCCAGUGGGAUAAAAGUGGUAUCCCAAGUUGGGAAAACAAGAGCAAGAAGGGGAGUAUAUGCAGAUGCUUAGUCUAAGUGUACAGAGAGAAGUCAUAGUCCAGAUUUAUUUUUUGACCUAAAAGGACAAGUGAUGAACAAUCUUUCUUACUAGACAAUGGGCAAGAAGAGAUGGGGGAAAGCACAAAUUUUGAUUGGAAUGCAGAAUCUGUAGUGGGGGCUGAUCCAUAUGUGAAUAGUAGUUCCAAGCUACUAAAAUAGCUUUAACAAUAAAAUGCUUCUUUCGUAGCAUUUCUGCAUAGGAUUGUUUUUCAGAAUAGGUGAGUUUGAAACCCCAUACAUUGCUUUGGUACGGUUCUCUUUGAUCUAGUCACACCUAACAAAUACAUAUCUUGUUUUCUCUUUCAAACGUACGAAGAAAACAAAUCCAAGAGUUUAAAUAAUUUGUCUCCCUGGAGACUGGGCAGCAAAAUCACAAAAGGCAUGUGCUUAAUACAUGCUUCUUAUGACUUGGUCACUAUUUAGCCUAACUGCUGCAAUUAAGAAAGAGUAGGAUUCAUAAAAAGACAAAGAUUUAUAUUGUACUGAACUGGAAGUUUUACAUGACUAAAAAGUGAAUUCCUGAUUCAAGAAAUGUGUAACUCAAGGAGCACUCAUACCUUGUGUUCCAGCUCUAAUGUAUUGGGUUGCAGUUUUGUUUCUCUGUUGCCAUAUCUUUCUGGAUAUUGACAGUAAUCUAUUAGGAAUUGACAGAGUAGGUGUCACACAUACCACAACUUCUAUGUUCAGUUACUGAAAAAGAAAUAUGAACAUUAAUCCUGUCUUAAUGCUCACAAUACUUACGGGGGAAAGGUUAAAAUAACUUUGAUGAUUUCAGAAUGACUACAUGGACCAGUGGUGUUACUAUAAAGCAAAUUUAAUACAUUCAAAAUAACAAACUUUUUUCUUGUAUUCAGGCCUGGCAAACUUCAGAAAGUCCAUAAAGAUUGCUUUGAAAUGCUUCAAAAAUAAUGUUUAUUGGAAGGAAGAAAGUACCUAGGAAGUGCUGAGUGUUUUUGCAAAGUACAAUAGUAAUAUCGUCCACCUACAGGAAAUUAUUUCUCAAUAGUCCUGUUGUGUUCAAGAUUAUUUUUUGUGCUAUCUCAGACACUGUUAAAUUCACUAUUCCUAUUCUAUUUCUGUGGUAUUUUAACCUUAUUUUCCCAGGAUGUGAUCAAAUGCAUUUGAUUACAACAGCUUUUGAAAAUGACAUAGGAUGCUAGGACAUACUAGGUAGUUGCACCCACUAUAAAUUGCAGUAGCUAUACAAACCUUGUCUGUCUGUGAUCUGUUUACUGUGACAUUCAGUCCCAUUAUUCUAGGUUGUUUCCCUUCUGAUAAGCUGGGUCAUAAGCAGAAUUACUCCUAUUAUUCAAAUAAACUGAGGACAACAUAGAAUCUGGAAAUAUUAGCACAGAUGAGAAAAUUUCAAUAUAUUAAGAGAGCAUUUCUUGAAAACACACUGAGCCAGAAAUUUGCAACUGGCUUGUAUAUUUGGUUGGGUGUAUUUAGUAGGACUGCAAAUUUAUUUUGAAGACUUAUAAUUGUUUGUAGAUACAUUCUUCCUGAAACUUUUGUUUUGAUGUUGGUGUUUUGAAUACAGAACUCAAAGUUGAAAACUGUCCUUGACAAAUUUUGAUCACUGGACUUCAGAGUUGAAAGUCAGUGUUUAAUAUUUGAUCAUGUAUUGUAUCAUACAUUUUUCAAUUAAAUCUUGCACUCAUGAGGGCUAGAAACAUUUUUAAAAAGCAAAACAUAAUCCCAGAACAGUGCCUGCCUGCCAAAUAUUGCCCGUCUCGUCUUUGUGUGAUGUUGUUCGUAAAAAAUAAUGGGCAGCAUCUACUUUGUUUCUCUGCCAGGUUUUUCCAGUGUAUUUUCUACUGCGUGAGUGUUCAUGUUGCGACACUAAGACACCUUUACAGCUCUUGUUGAACUUCUGUUGACUGUUGUUAGUUAAAGACUCAGCUGUCCUAAAGCAGGAUUUAAUUGCUUACCCAUAGACCGAAAUGGUUUUCCAGCGGUUCUGUGGGAUCUGUGAUAUGAAAAGAACACAGCAAUGGGACGGCUGGAGAUUGCUUUAUUGUACAUAGUAACUGCUCGUUCUAAAACUGCUUACAACCUAAUUGUCUUUUUUAUUACUAAAAAUAAAUAACUGUUGUAGAAUUUU